AUGAAUAAAGCAGCAAUGCGUAAACAAGCGCUGGAUCCUCCUCCGCUCCUUUCCUAUCAUCUAUUCUGAAACCAGUUCCGUAUUCAGUGCUAGCCUACAUUAAUGUAACAUCGGCGCCCACAUCAUACAGCGUAUAUAGAUAGAAUUGUCGGAUAAGAUCACACCAUCUCGACCAUGGAGCCUUGAACUGGAAUGUAAGAGAUGCGUUUACUACUCGCUACUCAGAAGCCGAGAAAACGAUGCUUACACCCACAGCACCACAGAGAUGAACAUGCAGCACACUUGAUAUCUCCCUGGAGGGGAAGCCUGAUUUAAGAUGAAGCGACUGAAGGGGAAAACCCAGAAGUGUGGAGCAUUUCAGAAAAUCCUGUGAACUCUGACCUCCAGCCCCCAUCUGCCAUCAUUCCUUUCCCCCAAAUACACAGCACUCCCAUCCAUCAACACUCCUGCUCUGGUCCAAGAUGACCUCGCCGAGAAAGCACCUGGUCAAGGAUUUCAACCACUUUAUCACAUGCUACGUAUGUAAAGGAUACCUGAUCAAGCCCACCACGGUGACUGAGUGCCUGCACACCUUUUGUAAAAGCUGCAUCGUCCAACACUUUGAAGACAGCAACGACUGCCCCAAAUGUGGCAUUCAAGUCCACGAAACCAACCCUCUAGAGAUGUUAAGGUUGGACAACACUUUAGAGGAAAUCAUUUUCAAACUCGUGCCUGGGCUGAGAGAAAAGGAACAACAGCAGGAGAUUGAGUUCUGGAGGAGUCGAAAGUCGAAGGAGAACGGAGAAGAAGAUGGCCCCCGAUCAAAGAGGUCUAGGCUGGAUGCCGAGAAUGAUGACGGUGGAGAUGGAGACUACCACAGGAGUGACCCUCAGAUAGCCAUCUGUCUGGAUUGUCUACGCAACAACAGUCUGGUGGAAGAGAGCGUUGUGAGGGGCUUAAUGAAGAAAUUUAUACGCUGCUCGACUCGAGUGACAGUCGGAACAAUCAAGAAGUUUCUCAGCUUGAAGUUAAAGCUUCCAAGUUCUUAUGAGCUAGACGUCCUAUGCAACGGGGAGAUCAUGGGAAAAGACCACACCAUGGAGUUCAUCUACAUGACGCGGUGGAGACUUCGCGGUGAAACCGACUACCCAAUGGUACUAGAAUAUCGCCCACGGAUAGACUUUGGUUGACGGAGGGAGACGUGGGACUGCUCCUGCACUAACAGCCCAUUGACAGACUACACAAUGAAUGGAUGUGCCUGGCACAAGAGACAAGGACCACACAUCUUCUUAUCAUCUGCAUGCAGUAAUCCGUGAUUGCCUCUAAUCUCAUUCUGUUCUCUUACGUUAUCCUUCAGUUUCACUGUCUGCGUUUCAUUUGUCAAAAACGCAUCAAGGGUUUGAGAGCAUGCCUGUGUAAUCAUGACGUAUUGAUUUUUUUUUUUUUUAAAGUACCGAAACGUAAUUGACUGAAGAGUGAAGACAUGCCCUUUAAUUCUACAGCACAUUGAAGUGUCCCUAAUAAUACAAGGUGAAAUGACUAGUAGUCUGUUGUUACGCAACACAACAGAGAUAUUACAAGACAGGUGUGCGCACUGGCAAACGGCUCCUAAUAUUCCACCUUAUCUAUGCUGGAUUUCGUGUCUUACAUGGCUCCCUCCCUUAUUCCUGUUUUUAACUACGGUAGUGCCUUUCCCCACAUGCCUCUUUCAGUGCAGUGCCCUCCGAAAUUCAAACUGCUUUUCAUAUGAAAUCCCGAAUAGUGAAUUCAACAGCCCCAAUA